CCUCAGAAAUAUCACAAUCUAAUCUCUUCUUCUCCUUCUGAUACUUCCAAUGGCGACUUUGUUAAACCCUUCUUCUCUUCUUCUACCUUCAAAACCCUUUCUUCCAACUCGUUUCCAGCUCACUGCACACCCUGUUAUCCGAGUGAACUCACUGAUUCAUCAUCUCCCUUCAUCGUCGACUAGUCGUCGUCGUGUUAUCAAAGCUGCAGCACUGGACAGUGACUAUUCAUCUAAGAGAAGCAGCAGCAAUGAGACCAGGGAAACGAUAAUGUUACCUGGUUGUGAUUAUAACCAUUGGCUCAUUGUUAUGGAGUUCCCUAAAGACCCAGCUCCUACAAGAGAACAAAUGAUUGAGACUUAUCUCAACACUCUUGCUACUGUCCUUGGCAGCAUGGAAGAAGCAAAGAAGAACAUGUAUGCUUUUAGCACUACAACCUAUACAGGUUUCCAGUGUACUGUAUCAGAAGAAACCUCCGAAAAGUUCAAGGGAUUGCCUGGAGUACUUUGGGUGCUGCCUGAUUCCUACAUAGAUGUCAAAAAUAAAGAUUAUGGAGGUGAUAAAUAUAUCAAUGGGGAAAUUAUACCCUGCAAAUACCCUACUUAUCAACCAAAGCAAAGAAAAGAAUCAAAAUCUGUGAACAAAAGAUAUGAGAGACGAAAAGAUGGUCCUCCUGCUGGACAGUUCAGACCAAAGCAAUCAGCAAGUCAAUCGGAAUCAUCAUCUUGAUGAGGGCAAAGCAGAUAUCAAUGUCAUUAUGCAUGUAUGGGGAACUCAUUGUUGGAGGGUUACUAAAUAUUUGUUGUAUAAAUGCUUGUCUGUUUAGGACUUUGUAGUAGUUUUAUUGUCACAGAAAUAUAUUAGUGUUAUUCAAAAAAAAACAUUGUUAUAAGUUCAAUGUGUUGUGUUCAUUACCUUUGAUCUCAAAUCGGAUUUAUCGAUGUUGUUAAGGAGUUAGCCUAGGCAUUGCGACUUUGAUUAAGUUGGUGCAAUUAUUCGUGAAAUUUUAAUUUUGAUUCAAUUGUACAUGUUUGAAUAAAUAAAUAAAUUUAUUUAUUUUUAUAUUA